UUCAUACGCACUUCCCUGAAGUUGAGUCUGGAUGUUUACAAGUAUCGCUUCCCGCAUAGUGUUAAACAACAGCUGAUUUAACAAGAGCGGCCGGCCUCACAUGGCUCUUCCCUGAAGCCUGAAGAUGAUUAAGACGGAGAAGAUCCUUCACCUGAAGAGCUGCCGCGGGCGGAAGGUCCGUGUGGUCCGGGAGCAUUAUCUGAGGGAGCAGGUUCCCUGCUUCAGCUCUCUGUGUCAGGCGGACUGUGACAACGCAGAUGGCAAGGUGCUGCCAGGAGAUCUGACCCACUACGUGGUUCCUGAUGUCGGAGUGGUGGUGGACUAUCUGGAGAUCUUGGAGUUCAGAGAGCUGCAGGGCGUCGUCUUCACCCAGACCGCCUGCCAGGCCGUGCAGCACAGCAAGGGACGCAGGCAAUACAACCGUCUGCGCAACCUGCUCAAGGACCCUCGACACGACUGCGUGCUGUUUGCCAAUGAAUUUCAGGAGUAUUCUUAUUGUCCGCGAGAGAAGGGGGAGAGCCAGGAGAAGUGGCAGACCAGGUGUGUGUACUCUGCAGCAGUAUGGUACUAUAACCACCUGGCAGGUAUGAUGGAUGUAGUGAUGAUCACAGAGGACCAGGACGCCGUGGCUCAGUACAGCAGCCUCAACUCUGGAGUGUACGUCAUCUCCGUCCAGGAUUAUUUACAGGACUUCUGGUCCCAGGUGCAGGCAGCACAUGAGCUGUACAGCUCCAUUUCCCAGGCGCUACAAGAGAAGGAGAGCGAGGGCACGGAGAGGGAGUUUACCGAACACCUGCCCGCUGAGGUCCUGGAGGCUGGAAUCAAGUCUGGGCGGUACAUUCAGGGUACUCUGAAUGUCAGCAAGCACCAGCACAGUGAAGCUUCAAUCAUGACGGAGGGUUUGUCCAACAAGAACAAAGAUCUGAGUUGGGGCGUGUUGGUGUGCGGUGGAAAGAAUCGUAACCGAGCCGUGCACGGCGACGUGGUCGUGGUGGAGCUGUUGCCGAAGAGCGAGUGGAGAGGAAAGGACACGGCCCUGACUGAGGCUCAGGGGGAGGAGAAGAGCGGAGAGGAAGCCGACAGUAAACCCAUGCCGACAGGCCGUGUUGUGGGGAUCCUGCAGAGGAAUUGGAGGGACUUUGUGGUAACUUUUCCCCCCAGGGAGGGGCCUCAGCCCCAGAGCAGGAAUUCCCAGCGCAUCCUGGCCGUGCCCUGGGACCGUCGCAUCCCCAAGAUCCGCAUCAGUACUCAGCAAGCCGAUGCUCUGCAGGACCACAGAGUGGUGGUGCGCAUUGAUUCAUGGGAGAGCACGUCGCAGUAUCCCAACGGCCACAGCGUGCGGGUGCUGGGUCGGGCUGGAGAGCUGGAGACGGAGGUCCAGACCAUCCUCAUAGAGAACUGCAUCCACGUGCCUCCCUUCUCAGACGCACAGCUGAGAGAGAUGCCGGUCAACUCUCCGGAAAGGCCGUGGAGGAUGGAUCCGGCCCAGGUGGCAGAGCGGCGGGACCUCAGGGAGAGCCACCUGGUCUUCAGCAUCGACCCGCGGGGCUGCGAAGACGUGGACGACACGCUGUCGGUGCGCAGCCUCACAGGCGGGGAGCUGGAGCUCGGUGUCCACAUCGCUGAUGUCACCCACUUUGUCCCCGAGGGCUCACUCACUGACCUGGAGGCACGGUCAAGGGCUACGACGUACUACCUGGCAGACCGCAGGUACGACAUGCUGCCAGCUGUUCUCAGUGCAGACCUCUGCUCUCUGCUCGGAGGAGUCGACAGGUAUGCGAUGAGCGUGCUGUGGGAGCUCGAUGCACAAACCCUCGAGGUCAGAAACGUGUGGUACGGCCGCACGCUCAUCCGCUCCUCCUACCAGCUGCACUAUGAGCUGGCCCAGGCGCUCCUCAACGCAGAGCAGGCUGAGGUACCGGAGCUGGCCGGGCUCGGGUCCGAGGAGAAGGACGCUAAGCUAGCUGAGCUAACCCAGGCUCUAGAGAUGCUGACACACGUCGCCAGACACCUCCGGGCACAGAGGGACAGGGGAGGCGCGCUGGAGCUGGAAGGGGUGGAGGUGCGUGCCCAGCUGGACGAGGAGAGGAACAUCACAGCCCUGGUCCCCCGUCUGCCCCUGGAGGUCCACGAGACGGUGGCCGAGUGCAUGAUUUACGCCAACCACUGGGUGGCACGCAAGAUCCAGGAGGCCUUCCCCCAUCAGGCCCUGCUGAGGCGCCACCCGCCGCCACGGCAGGAGUUCUUCAGCCAGCUGGUGGACAGCGCCGCCGCCAGGGGAUUCACCAUCGACACCAGGACCAACAAGGCUUUGGCUGAAUCUCUGGACCGAGCUCUGGACCCACAGGACCCGCUGGUGAACAGGCUGCUGAGAAUAAUGGCCACUACAGCCAUGUCACAGGCUCUGUACUUCUCCACUGGGCUUCAGUCCCAAGACCAGUACUACCAUUACGGUCUGGCUCUGGACCGCUACACACACUUCACCUCACCCAUCCGGCGCUACGCUGACAUCGUGGUGCACCGCCUUCUCACCGCCGCCAUCAGCAUGGACACGCGGGCGGACCCUGGGAGAGCCUUAGCCAAUAACAAAGAACUGGAAGAAUUGGCUCAUCAUAUCAACACCAAGAACUGGGCGUCCCAGCGGGCCCAGAAGUUGUCCACAGAGCUGUUUCAGUGUCUCUACUUUAAAGAACGAGACCCCGAGUCAGACCCGCGCUGUGUGGCCGACGCCGUCAUCUACGCCAUCCGGGACAACGGCGUGUUGGUGUUCGUCUCAGAGUACGGUGUGAAAGGACCGGUGUACCUGAGGAACCGAGAGGGCCAGGUGGUGGCUGCGGGCCGGGACGGCCGCUGCGAGUGGCAGAGCGGCUCGGUGCGGCGCCAUGCCGACCACAUCACCACCGUCUCCAGCUGCGGCACCUCCACCUUCACACUGUUUGACCACAUCACUAUUCGUAUUUCUGUGCGCUCGACAUCUUGCCACGCAGACAGUCUGAACCUGGAGGUCAUCAGCAACAAGCCCCACCGCAGCGCCGAGCCCCAGCAGCCCUCCUCACAGGGCCGCUGCCAGCUGGUCCAGGAGGUGGUGCGCCUGGCCGAGGAGGCGUCCCAGCAGGCUCAGGAGAAGGCAGCCCGGCGGCCCAAACUCUCCAGAGAGGAGAGAGAGUUCAGCCAGAGCAAAACUCCCAAUCUGUACUCUCUCCUGGAGGAGAUCAGAGAGCUGGCUCUGCUGGACCUUGACAUGGCCGCACACGUCUGUGCAACAACAGCAUAGAGCGGCAGCAACGGGGUCAGCCCAAUGGUCCCACAGCCCAAUGGUCCCACAGCCCAGUGGUCCCACAGCCCAAUGGUCCCACAG